UUUUAAUCGUCGUUUCGAGGCGAGAGCGUGAUAGUGCACUUGCAAUUCGCUUCCUUUUAUUUUAUUAAUUGUGUGAUUCAAAGUGCAUCGGUGAUUGCCAAAUUAGUCUCAUUUUUGCAGAAAUUGCAAAAUGUCAAAUAAAUCGGACAAGUGAGUCACUGAUUUAGCCGGUUACGCAAACUUGUGACGUUUACGAAAUGAAUCGGAGACAGGGUAAUCCCACAAACGAACGGACGGCCAACAGAGGCCAAAAUUGGAGGCAUCCGCACGGUUUCAGACCCCAAAGAUAUGGAAGUUCCAGCAGAUUGGAUGAAGCUUCAGGACUCGCAGGAAACCGUGAAAAUGGGGCUACAUCUGAAGAACGAUUUGCUUCUCGUUCGUCAGGAGCACGUCGAUAUCGUACAGCGAGCGCUAGUUCAGAUCAAUCCUUUUCAAGAGGAACUAAUUACGGUUCUGGGAGUCAAAACCAGAGAGAUGAUCGUCCCAGAAAUAACCAUACUAGACAUAAUCAAAACAUAGAUUCUACUAACCGAGGUAGAACUGCAAGGCCUAUAGGCUUCAAAGCCUUAGAAGCUCUCGUGGACAAGGAUCCAGAAGAAUUACUGUUAGAACUGUCUGAUAGUAAAAAGGGGAUUGCCGAACUCAUAAGUAUGGGUUUGUUCGAAGAUGCAAUCGUUUUGUUUAUUAAAAUUUUACGGAAAGUGACCGAUGCAACUUUUGAUGAAAGAAAAUACAAAGUUUUACAGAUGUAUUUAGACGAUAAUUUUGUCGAACAGCUGACGAAGUACAUUCUGUUUUUACCCUUGCAGAAUAUGGACCGUAAAAACCGAAACAGAUAUUUUUGGAAAAAUCCGGAUGAGUUCUGGAAUAAUGUCAUCGGGAUUUGUCAGGAGGUAUCUGAUGCUAUACCGACGUUCGCUCGAAAAAUAUUGCCCCUCAUUCUGGAGAGUUUGAAUGAGUGUUUCCCACACUUCGAGCAUAAACAUAAACGCCACAUUUCUGAUCAAAUUAAAGAGAAUGUAAAAAAGUUGUUGGAAGUUGUCGACGCUUUAGUAAAAGAAUAUGAAGAAAAACAAAAGGCCGACAUGGAAAAGAAGUUGACUAAUCAGGUUGAGGAAGAGCCGCCAAAUGAUUUUAGACACAUCUCGGUGUACCCCAGCUCACUUGAAUUAGUGGGUGGUGUUCCCCUAUUUUUAAGACAAAACGUUGUCGAAGGACCGUAUAGGGAUGUCAAUCAUUACUUAGACGUCCAGUUCCGUUUGCUGAGAGAAGAUUUCGUGGGACCUCUAAGGACUGGCAUUGCGUCUUAUCGGUCACAAAAUCAAUCAGGAGAAAGAAAACGCGUGGAAAAUGUCAAAGUCUACAAGAAAGUAAGAUUUUUAAAUCCAGAAACCGUAAAUGAACAGUUUUGCAUCCGCCUGCGUUUUGAUUUCACCAAAAAAAAGAAAAAUUUCAAGUAUGAGAACUCAAAAAGAUUUAUGUUUGGAUCGUUGCUAUGUUUUACUUUGGAUAACUUCAGGACAAUUAUUUUUGGCAAAGUUGCAGAAAGAAAAGUCGAAGAUCUAGAAAAAGGUGAACUGAUAGUUGGAUUUGAUCAAAAUAUUGGGGUACAGUUCAAUGUCGACUAUCUAAUGGUCGAGUGCGGUGUUUAUUUUGAACCCUAUUAUCACGUGUUAAACGUGCUACAGACCAUGAAUGUUGAUAAUUUUCCAAUGGAAAAGUACAUCAUUCGUGUGGAUUCUUCAGUCGAACCUCCUCAAUACUUGACGUCUCCGAUUUGUAGAUACACCAUACGAGGACACGAAUUUUCACCAUUAUUAAACUGGCCUAGUACAAACUUUUACCGACUGAAUGAAUCCCAGAGUAUAGCUUUCAAAGCAGCGUUGACGCAAGAAUUUUCAAUCAUUCAAGGGCCUCCUGGCACCGGUAAAACAUUUUUGGGGCUUAAAAUCGCAAAAACGUUGAUAGAAAAUCGGCGACUGUGGUAUGCAAAGACACCUAUGCUGGUUAUAUGUUACACGAACCAUGCUCUGGAUCAGUUUUUAGAAGGAAUAACCGAAUUCACCGGAGAGAUUGUCCGAGUUGGAGGACAAAGUAAAAACGAAAAGAUGAAAUUGUUCAAUUUGAAAAACAGAAGCAGAUUCAAAAUGAGUGCAGCCGUCUACCAGCAGAGAAAUGAAGUUCAGGUAAUGUUGGGACAAAUAAGAAGUAUAACGGAAAACUUAAAACAAAUAGAGUUCUACCACAGCAUUAGAGCAUUCGACGUUUUUGAAGAAGUCGUUCCCAAUUUCGGAAAGACUUGGUUUAGAAAAGUCCAAAAAGAUGAUAUUUUAGAUUGGUUGUUGAGUGGAGAUGAAGAUUUUACAUUUCCAGACGCUGCAGGCCGUUCAAGUGUAGCUGAGAUUUCCGAAGGAAUUAAUAAUUUACAUGUCGAAGAUAGAAAUGAGGAAGACGAACUAGAAGAAUCCGAAAACGAAGAUGAAAUGGACGAAAAUUUUGAAAAUCAAGUCGACGACUUGUUUGAUGAGGUGAAAUCGGUGUUCGUCCCUUGCAGUAUUCCCCUUGUCACCGUGUCGUCAAUGAAUGACCGAAUUUUUUAUCUUCAAAGUGCUAUAUCACAAUUGGAACUAAUUGAAGAACCAACAACAGAACAACUCAUUUUUGAAGACCAAUGUCGUUUAGAACUGUUGGUUUUAAGACGUCGUUAUGACUAUUUAAAUGCAAAACUAAUAGAAGGUAAGCAAAGAAGUGCAGUCCCGAGACAAAUGCCUCAGUUUGUCAACCUAAACCAGCCCCACAAAAUACCACCCAAUGAUCGCUGGAACCUUUAUUUUUAUUGGCUAGAUUUGUACAAACAGAAGUUGCGGAAAAGGUUAGAAGCUUUAAAUAAAGAGUUUCGUGAAGUUUAUAAAGCGUACGAAGAACUACGCGAUGUUGAAGAUACCAGAUCCAUGAAAAACGCUUUAGUUGUUGGCAUUACAACAACCGGUGCCGCGCGUUUAAGGUCAUCGCUGCAGGCACUAAAAAGCCCAAUUGUAAUUGUUGAAGAAGCAGCGGAAGUUCUGGAAGCUCAUAUUGUAUCUUCACUGACUAAAAACUGCAAGCAUUUGAUUCUGAUUGGAGAUCAUCAACAACUAAAACCCAGCACUGCCAAUUACAGUGUUGAGAAAUUUUAUAAAUUGGGAAUUAGUUUGUUUGAAAGGAUGGUCAUUAAUAAAAGCCAACUCUAUACGCUGAAUGUUCAACAUAGAAUGAGGCCAGAGAUAUCUAGCUUGAUAUCGCCUACUAUUUAUCCAGCUUUAGAAGAUCACUCAAGCGUAAACGACAGACCCUCUAUCAAAGGACUAGAUAAUUGUUUAUUUUUCAUUAAUCAUACUCACAAGGAGGCCGAAUGUGAAGGAACGAGCAAGAAGAAUUUUCAUGAAGCCUCAUUUUUGAUAAAGUUUGCCAAGCAUUUGGUGUUAAAUGGUUACAAACCAGAAAACAUAACUAUUUUAGCAGCGUACUUAGGCCAGAUGUUUGAGAUGCAAAAAGAGAAGAAGAAACACAAACAUGUCUUGGGAGACAUGAGAAUAGCUGUUUUAGAUAACUAUCAAGGAGAAGAAUGUGAUAUAAUUCUACUUUCGUUGGUUAGAAGUAACAGCGAAAAUCGAAUUGGAUUUUUAUCAAUAGAAAAUCGUGUCUGUGUGGCGCUUUCCCGAGCGAGGAACGGUUUCUACAUAAUGGGAAACAUGGAUCAACUAUGUGCCGCAAGUCAGCUUUGGCAAAAAAUACGUCGUACUCUUGAGCAGCAGAACGCCAUUGGUAGUGAAUUAAAACUACGAUGCCAAGUGCACACAGACAAAAUUACUUACGUACAAAAAGGUGAAGACUUUCUACAAAUCCCGGAAGGCGGAUGCGAUCAGAAAUGCGGAGCGGAUUUAAGCUGUGGCCACAAAUGUACGUCUUUGUGUCAUAUUGCGGAUCGAGACCACAACAACUAUAGAUGCAGAGAAGUGUGCAACAAGAGAUUGUGUGACGCAGACGCGCGUCAUUUGUGUGAGAAAAUGUGCUAUCAAGAGUGUGGUCCAUGCUACUAUCCAGUUCCUAGGUUUUUGGCAUGUAGACAUACUGUUAACUUGGAAUGUCAUGUGGACCCAGAUACUUACCAAUGCGUCGUUUUGGUGUCCACAACCCUUCCAUGUGGCCACGUUGCCGAUAAACCUUGUCACAGAGACCCUCAAACUUACCGCUGUCCACACCCCUGCGAAAUCAAGGUUGAACCUUGUGGCCAUGCCUGUACACAGAAUUGUCACAUUCGAAAGGAUCCAGAUCAUUUACAGUACAAGUGUACGAAGAGAUGUGCACAGUACCGAAAAGACUGUUCUCUGGAAAUAGAUACCCACUUGUGUCCAAAGCUCUGUUAUGAAGAAUGCGACCCUUGUCUGAUUCGUGUUCGCAAGAAGAGAACCAUAUGUCCACACGUUUAUGACGUACCUUGUUCUUCGAACGUUGACGAAAUUAUUUGCGAAAAACCUUGCAUAAAAAUACUCCCGUGUGGACAUAAAUGUAAGAGCAAAUGUCAUCAACCUUGUGGAAAAUGUGAAGUUCAGGUCGAAAAAAUCAAUUCGAUUUGCGGUCAUCCCAUUAAAGUUAAGUGUUGUGAGGAACCGGAUAGAGCCUUAUGUAACAAGAAAUGCCCCCUUAAGUUACCUUGUGGUCAUAAUUGCACAAAGAAGUGUAACGAACCCUGUACAACACGCUGCAGGGAAAUCGUUGACUGUAAAAUACAGGCUCCAUGUGGGCACAGCCUGACCAGAAUUAAAUGCUGGAUAGCAAAAUCAGAUAGUGCUCGUCAAAAUUCAGCAACCCUUUUGAAGUACUGCACCCAACCUUGCUCUGCUCAGCUAAAGUGUGGCCAUCGUUGCCCAGGAACGUGCGGAGAAUGUCACCAAGGUCGUGUGCACAAACGUUGCAACGAAAAGUGUGAAUUUCCCUUGAUCUGUAACCACCCGUGUCAAUUCCCCUGUAGGCAAGCAUGCAGACCAUGCGCGCGUCCAUGCCCAUAUAAGUGUCAACAUGGGUCUUGCAGCAAGAGAUGUGGUGAUGCUUGCACCCCGUGCAAAGAAAAGUGCACAAGGAGAUGUUCCCAUCAAAAAUGUACCAACUUCUGUGGUUCUAUUUGUAACGUACCUCCGUGUGAGCAACCUUGUGACAAAAAGUUACAAUGUGGUCAUCCAUGCGUUGGGUUUUGCGGAGAUCCAUGUCCACCCAAAUGUUUGAUAUGCGACAAAGAAGAACUGACGACAAUAUUCUUUGGUUUUGAAGAGGACGAAGGUGCUCGUUUUGUACUUUUGAAAGACUGUGGGCAUAUUUUCGAAAGUGUCGGGUUAGAUGGAUGGAUGGCGCAGGACAGCAACAAAAUCGGAUUUAAGGUGUGUCCUGGAUGUAAGACUCCUAUUAAAACUACUCAGCGAUAUGGUAAUUUAAUAAAGACAGCGUUGGCGGACGUUAGUAAAGUGAAGAACGACUUCUAUGGAAACCUGCAAGAAAUCAAGACGAUGAGAGAAAGGUUGCUUGCAAAAUUAGAAGAUUUGAAUGAAACAAUGCCUAUUGUCAUGAGGAUUCAUUGUGCUGAAGUAAGAACAUUCUUAGAACUGAUCGAGACACGUCUACAAACAGACAGAAAAGGCAAACGACAAGAGAUUAAUAAACCCGAACUGAAGGCGAUCGAAUCAAAAUUACAAAUAAUAGAACACAUCAUCAAAAUUUGUCUAAAAGUGGACGUUGGUGAAUCUGACGCUUACGCUCCCCAGGUAAAAUUUUUAGUGAAAAUUCUCUCACGCGAUGAAGACUACAUCACAGACCAAGAAAUUGAAGACAUACAACUUGAACUAAAUAGACUUACUAGAAUGACAGAACUCAGCAAGAUUAAGAAGUCGCCGAAUUAUAGGGUACACGUCACAUGUAACGCUCGAGUUCGACAAAUUGCGGAACAAAUUGAUGAACUUUUACAUGGUGCUACAAAAUUUUGCGACGAAGACAAAGUUAUAGUACUUCUAAAAGAGCUGAGCCGAAUGGUAGCUGCAAGCAUAGGGAUUUCAGAUAAAGAACGAAGAGAAAUUGUGCAAGCUAUUGGUCUUAGGCAGGGACACUGGUACAAAUGUCCCAACGGUCAUCCGUAUGCAAUUGGAGAAUGCGGAGGCGCAAUGGAGGAAGCGGUGUGUCCUGAGUGUAAAGCAAAAAUUGGAGGAAGACACCACACAUUGACCGCCGGAAACACGGUGGCAACAGAAAUGGAUGGUGCUAGAUUUGGUGCUUGGUCAGAUGCUGCUAAUAUGGCCAAUUAUGAGUUAUAAUUUUUAAAAUUAGUUUGUAAGUAGCAUGUUUAUCAAUUGUAGAACAAACUUAAUAAAUUGUGUACACUUUUAUUUACAUCCUUAAUAAAUGAUUUAAAAUGUUA